AUGAAAAAGCUUUCAGCGUGGCGUCCCCACGCCUCUGAAGCUUCACUCCUACUGCCUACAGGUGGACCAAAAGGAUCUGCCAACCCCGACGGGUACACCAACAAUGAUAAUUCUGUCUGGGCUCCGACCAAUCUUGAAUUGGAAUUUUUUCUGGCAAGCUUAUUUCAAUUGCAUCAAUAUCUCAAUUUAAUUAACUUUCUACAAGUAGUUCCAAAACUUUAUUUCAUCCCUUCUAUGCUCUUGCAAUACCCCCAGAAUGGGAAUGUAUACUCUCCACAGCGAAGCAAGCCGAUGUCGAUUCAUUUAGUUAAGCGGACGCAUCUGUACCUCUGGACCUCAAAAUUGCGCCCCAAGCUAAAAUCGGGCCUGAACUCACGUGAUAGAGACAAACAUUUCAACCGCAUAGAAGCAGUCAUAGAGCCAGUUGAACGGGCCUCAAGGCCUUAUUCAUUCUGGACGUUGAUGAUACAGGGGCAUCACACUCGCACCACGGAUGCAAGUCCUAACGCACCUGAAAGUGAAACCCUGGUGAAGUGGGAACAAAAAUGGGCCCGAGUAGAGGAUACAACAUCGAGAUACAAGUCGAAGAAGCAGGUCGGCUUCAACUGA